AUGACUGCCAAAAGGGCUCUGGUGAUCUUGGCCAAAGGAGCUGAAGAGAUGGAAACCGUCAUCCCCACAGACAUCAUGAGGAGGGCAGGUGUGAGUAUGUCCUGGGGCUUCCUAGAUAGCUCUUCCUUUCCUCCAUUCCUCCUGGCAUUGUUGUUGUUAACAAUAAGACACUGUCCAUGUGCAAGAAGUCAAGUCCCUUCCUUGGCAUAGGGAGCUUACAGUAGCCGAAAUGGUUGUCCUGUGCCUCUGUGUUGUUGCCUGCAGGUGGAUUCCUCAUGAACUAGAUGCUGAGCUGGUUGCAACAGUGUUGACUGUUUAGUCCUGGGACCUGGAGGGCUCAUGCACUGUUUAGAGUUGCAUGGACAAGGCAUGUUUAGUUGCUUGGCAAUUGCGAAGUGGUUUGAGAAGCAAUUUCUGCUGAGUUUCCCUUGCGUAGGCAAGCAUGGGAAGUACAGCAGGCCACCUGAUUUGAGAAAUCCUCCAGAGCAGAAGGUGGCUGAACCCGGAGCCCGGGUGAUGGCCAGGGAUGAUGGGAGCUGAUGCCCUGCAGCAUCUGGAGGGCUUUGGGUUCCCCCACUUCUGCUCCAUGCAAACAGCACUUUGGGCAGGAGAAGGUGUUCUGUAUUAAGGAUUACAUUCUCAACAGUCCUAUCACUACCACUCCCCUUCCCAUACCACCAACCCCCUCCCUCUGCUAUUACGUUGGGGAGAAGGUUAUAUACAAUAUAGAAAAGCAGACCCCCAUCCCUCCAGCCUUGAGCCAGGAAACGAGAGAGAGAUUUAUAGAUACAGGUGAUCUAGAUAUAGGUAUAUGCAGGUGGGUAGAUAAAGGUCUCUGCCUGUUCUGUGGGCUCAGAGGGAUUUACAGCAGUUUUAUCAUUCUUGUCCUCGUGGGGCUCACAAAACCAAAUGUUUUGGCAUGAAAGAAGCUGAAAUAAAUAGAAACUGUUCUUGUAAAUGUUAUAAACCCUGUUCUAAUAAACAAAUAAAUGUCGAACCUCUACUUACCACUGCCUCUUCUUACGGUGGUUCCAAGGUGCGACCACGGCAAACCCUGAAGUAACCAGCGGGUUUGCCGCCAUUUGCACAUGCGCAGAAGCGGGUGAUCGCUGUUCGCACAUGCACAGAAGCGGGCAAACACCGUUCACACAUGCGCAGAAGUGGGCAAUCGCUGCCCGCGCCUGUGCACAAUGGCGCCUCUCCUAGCGACCUGUUUCAACCGCCAGACGGGCCUCCAGAAUGGAUUAUGGUCGCAAAUAGAUGUUCUACUGUAAAGUAAACCACACCAUCCAAAAAGCUAUCCAGAAGCAGGCUGGCUGGCACCUGCUAGACGCAAAAAUGAUGUGCUGUAGAGCAGGGCUGGACUGCAGAACAGAGGCCAGUUACAGGGGACGGAGACAGUAUCUCUUUCUGAUUGGCCACUUGUGCAGACCAACCAUUAGUCCUCUGAGUUUGAUAUAGCCGCUUAAUUCCACGUAUGCCUCUUUAACAGCUAUUGUAUGCUCACAUAUUUAGAGGGGGUAUGCUAGAAUGUCUGCAGACAUUUAUUUGGAGCCAGGGAGAGGUGGGAGAUAUUGUUCAAUUAUGGAUUGUGUUGCUCCCUGUAUAGAUUUCUCUCAAGUGAUUCUUCAGAGAGUUAACUUUUUGAAUAAUAGCGGGUGGGGGUUGGUUACUUGCUGAUGGAUUGGGUGGGGGAGAAAACACGCUAUAUGCAAAUUUACUAAAUCCCCAUUGUGCUGGGGACCACUAAUGCAAAAAUUUACCUCCCCCAAACUAUUUCCAUUUCUUCGGUGACUCAGUAGAUUUUGGCAAAUAAAGCAAAGCUGUCUGUUUUCUCACCAGAUCUCUGUGACUGUAGCCGGCCUGACUGGAAAAGAGCCUGUGCAGUGCAGCCGGGAUGUCUUAAUUUGUCCCGACAAGAGUUUGGAAGAUGCCCGGAAGGAGGUUGGUGCCACACAGAUUCCAUGUUGCAAAAAAAAUGGGUGCCCCGCCUCUUUCAUAUUAGGCCUGAGUUUCUUCAUCAUCAUCUAGGGGUGGCCUAAGGGUACCUUCAGCUUGCACAGUGAUAAUAAUCAGGAGAAAGGGGGAAUUGCUGAGGAGCUGGAAACUCCAACUGGUAAAGAGGCAAAUGGUGACUCUGGGAACUUUGGAGAAACCUCUCACGGUGCCUGCAUGUGGCUUCAUGGAAUCAUGGCCACAGAAGGGAAAUGCAGUGGUUGAACUUGCAAGUUUCUAAGUGGCGUUCCAUUAGCAAAUGUGGAUAGUGAUUCUCAAUGCCACUGAGUUUAAAUAAACACUAUGACCUUACAUGUCAAACAGAUGCUAAGAAAUGGCACUAUGAAAAAAACAAAACACCCCACAAUAUUUAUAACUUUUGGAGGGACGGGAAAGAUGCUAGGAUCAAAUCUGUCUGGAAGUAGCAUCCUCAGAUCUGGAAGAUCUCUUCUGCCCACCCACAAACCCCAAAAUCCUGUAGUUUUAAUGAUGAAGGGAAAACCGUCACACCAGAGGCUCUUAUUUCUGUUUAUUCCAGGAUUGAGCCAUGGCACAAUACUGAGCGUUCGGUAGCCUGCUAAAGGAUAGCUGCAAAUAAGAUGUUUGCUUUUGUUUUUCCAGUCUUCAUGCUUUUCUUUUGCUAAUGCUUUUUCCUAUUUUUAGGGACCCUAUGAUGUGGUGGUCUUGCCAGGAGGGAACCUGGGAGCUCAGAACUUGUCAGAGGUAACAACUUGGGGAAAUGUGGGAACUUCCCUCCUAUUUGAGCAAAUAUUCUCCCGUUCUGAAAGUGAAGGAAGCAGAGUGCAAUCAUUCCAAAGUCCAAAGUAAAUGUUGCAACUGCUUUGGUGUGUCUAAAGCCAAACUGGUUUCUUUUCUGGGGGUACUUGGUCCACGUUCCCUUCCUUUGUAUAAGGCUGUAGAUACAAAAAAGCCACAACUAAGCCAGGCUUACUCGAGUGGUUUUGAAACAAAAGAGGGUCCAAUGGCACGUUUUGGGGUGUGGGGGCAGGGAACGGAAGAAGUAGUUUCCUUUAGUCAUCUAGUAACAACAAAAUCUUCCGACACCUUCCCUUGUACUCUUUUUCUUUGUUAGACAACCAGUUCUGAUACAUAACAGCCUUCUUGUGUGCAUAGCUGGAAAAGGAUAUAUUGUUGAUCAAAUAUAUUUCCCUGCAGUCGCCUGCUGUGAAGGAGGUACUGAAAGACCAAGAUGGCAGGAAAGGGCUGAUUGCUGCCAUCUGUGCAGGUAUGCUAUCAAGGUCUGCACCCAAUACUCCAAAGAUCCAGGAUACCAACCCUGCAUAGAGCUUCACCCACCACAGCUGAUGCCAUUGGUUGCCUCACUUCUGAGGUUUGGCUUUCUUGUGCCACUGAUGGUGUAAAGAAAAACACAACUAAUAUCGGCAGGCUGCAAGUCUUGCGGGUUUGAAAACUGAGAGUUGAAACGCUGUCUCCUCAACGAGUAGAGAUUUGAGAGAAACUUGAAGAUAACAAUCCUGUUAAUUGUGCUUGCCCCCAUGUGGAAAACGCUCUGUUUAUACAGCGAAGCAGGCCUGGUUUGUUUUUCGAAGGGAGGCUUCCUUUAGGGGCAGCUUCUCUGAGUUGGGAUGUGACACAAAAUAACACUGCAGAAAUAGCUGCAUUUUCCCCAUGGAAUCCUAGGUCCCUCUUCCAGUUAGCAGCUGCUGGCUGUGAUUCUCUUCCCUCCUUGCUGCUUCUGACAGAGUGGCUGGCCGGGCUGUGCUGUGCUUGCCAUAUGUGGUGUGGCUUGACCUUCUUUCACCGCUUGGCCUUUGGGUGCUGCGAGUGUCGGGUUCCGCACCCUCAUCUCAAAAGCAUUCUGGGUUGGCUCUUGCGAAGGGAUCUGUUUGCAAGAAAUGCAUGUGGAUGUCUCAAGCUUGGCCUGCCGCUCCAGGAGGCCUCUCACUGUAGUGGGGAUUCUUGGCUCAGUCUCUCCUUAGACACUUUUGCUGUGGGAACUCCUCUGAAGUGGGAGUGCGUGUCAUUCUCCACGCAAGGGUUUCCCUGCUGGGAAUUGGCUUCUUCUGGCCAAUGGGGAAACACCAAUCUCCCUCUUCUUUGGGGCAAUAAUAAUCCUUCCAACUGCUUAUUUGUAUUUGCAAAUGCAAGAACCAGCCAACCUCCUCCUUAGGGUGCAGGUGGGGCUGACUUUGACAUAUGGGCAGAGCCACAUACCUGUCAAAUGACCUGCAGUCAUGGUGACAUCAGGUGACUGGCAGGUGGGCAGCCCCAACCCCCUGUCGAAGUUGGCCCAUAGGGUGUGAGGAGGAGUCAGCUUCACCAGCGCCUUCCCCACAGGAAACUUACCGGCAGGACUCUGGGUUCUGUGCUAGCUCUGCACACCCGAAAGGUGUUACCAAACUUCCUGUUACCUUCCUCUUCCAGUUCAGUGGUUUAACCAGGGCUAAUCUUUUAGUGACUUGUUAAUGACACAGGGCACAAUGGUGGUUUUCUCGCCAGAUUAAAAGGAGGGAGAUCACUUUCAACUCUGCAUAAAAGUUCCCUCUCUUAGUUUUGUCUCUCUGUUAGUUAUGUAGAUCAGUUCAAUAUGUGUUGUACUUUGCUCAGUGGGACUUAAAGGGAGUUAAAGGGACCCUUGACCAUUAGGUCCAGUCAUGACUGACUCUGGGGUUGCCGUGCUCAUCUCGCUUUAUUGGCCGAGGGAGCCGGCGUACAGCUUCUGGGUCAUGUGGCCAGCAUGACUAAGCCGCUUCUGGCAAACCAGAGCAGCACACAGAAACACCGUUCACCUUCCCGCUGGAGCGGUACCUGUUUAUCUACUUGCACUUUGACAUGCUAGGUGGGCAGGAGCAGGGACCGAACAAUGGGAGCUCACCCCAUCGCGGGGAUUUGAACCGCGACCUUCUGAUUGGCAAGUCCUAGGCUCUGUGGUUUAACCCACAGUGCCACCCACGUCAGUGGGACUUACUCCCAAGCAAAUGGUCAUGGGUGUACUACAAGCUGCAUAACUUAAUUGCUGGUUGUUUCCAACUGGGGAAUCGUCAUCCCACAUAUUUGGAAGUUUUGUUAAAAUGGGGGGGGGGGAGGUUUUAUGGCCUUCCUUCAUUUAAACCUAAUGCUAUCAUUUCAAGCUUAUUAACUGCACACACUUAACUGUUCCUCCCAAAUCCUGCAUGGGUAGGGUGUGUGAUGGUGGUAAUGGAAGGGUGAGGGAUCCCCAACACUUUUGUGGAUCUGGCCUCACUUGCCACUUCGCUGCUGGGACGGCUUUCCAGCAUGGUAAAUGUGGCCCCGGGUUCCAAAAAAAGGGUUCCCGCUAUAAAGUGUGCACAAGUGACGGCUCUUUGUUGAUCUCUAGGACCCACGGCUCUGCUGGCACAUGGCAUCGGAUACGGAUGCAAAGUGACAACCCAUCCCUUGGCCAAAGACAAGAUGAUGAGUGGAGGUAGGUGGCUGCAGGCGCACGACAGAGAUUGACUUGCACAGACAGUGUUUUGUGAAGCACAGCUCAGGAUUGUAAUUAAGAUGCUUUUCCCCCAAAAGGAAUGUUGGGUAACGUAUGCAUAUUAUCAGAGACUUUGGUUUUGAGAAAUCGCCAAUUCUGCGAGACCUAAAUCUGGUGGCAGUUCAAAGUUUGAGGUUUUUACUGCUUUGGGUGUCCCUCCCCCCUUACAAACCAUCAGUAUAUAAAUUUUAUGAAAUAAAUAAAGGAUGAGAAUUGCGGCUUCUCUCCUUGCUACAGUGGAUGAAGUUCAUAGGUGGGGGUGGAGUUACUUCCCACACAUUCAAGUCAGCUUGCUGUGGCUGAUGUCUGCUGGAGUAACCUGUUCUGUUUUGUUUUUUUCCUUGUGCUUUUCUCUGAAGACCACUACAAAUACUCUGAGAGCCGCGUGGAAAAAGAUGGGCACAUCCUCACCAGCCGGGGACCCGGCACCAGUUUCGAGUUUGGCCUUGUGAUUGUGGAAACGCUGCUGGGGAAAGAGGUGGCCGCUCAGGUGAAGGCCCCCCUUGUCCUGAAAGACUAG